AUGUACUUCUACAUCCCAGUUCAAAAUUUUGUUAAUUUUCUGGUACUACAGAUUUCAUACAAGAUAAUUUGUUCAACAUCCCAGUUUAACAUUUUGUUCAUUUUCUGGUACUACAAAUUUCAUACAAGAUCAUUUGCUCUAGUUUUGUAUCCCAGUUUAACAUUUUGUUCAUUUUCUGGUACUACAGAUUUCAUACAAGAUAAUUUGUUUUCUGUGAUUCAACAUCCCAGUUUAACAUUGUGUUCAUUUUCUUGUACUACAGAUUUCAUACAAGAUAAUUUGUUUUCUGUGGUUUUGUAUCCCAGUUAA